UUUUCUCACUCCGGGCGAGUCUUCCGAACGCGUCCAACCCUCACGGAAGGCAUGGGAUCGACGUUUGGGUCCGUUGACGAGAAAAAGCCGGUCUUUGACCCAUCCGCCCUCCGCAAGUCGCAUUUCAAUAUUCGACUACCUUCCGGCUUAACUCGCUAAGUUAGAUCUUACGAAUAAGUGAAAAGACAAAGCUAGUGUCAGUUUUUUCCCCUAAUGUCGCCAUCGCAGAAACCUGCCGUCGUCGAUUUGUCGUAAGGACUGGACUUUUUCUUGGUAAUGGUGAGAAAAAAUUGUUGAAUGGAGCCACUGUCAGACUCUAGCCUCUGUCUCCAAGAUUUGGUGAGCAGCAGCAACGGCGGCGGAGGUGGAGGCGGCGACAGCGGGGGCGGCGGGCUCGAUCAACCCCUUCUCCUUCAUCAUCACCAUCACCAUGACGGACUGCCGCCCCCGCCUCCGCCACUUCACCACGAGCCUUUGGAAAAGCUCAAACGAGUGUGGGCAGAGACGACAGACUACAGGGAAAGUGGUCAUAUGGAACAGACGCAACUCAGCUUCCAACCUCCUAGGAACCGAAACAGGGAUAGGAAAGUAUGGGGCGGAAGGGUGGAGGUCGGGGGCAUUAAAACUGAGGAUGGAGACGACGGAAAAGAAGGCGGCUCCGGCCUGGGUAAAACAAAGACUGGAAAGAGACAGAGGCGGCAAAGGACGCACUUCACCUCUCAGCAACUCCAGGAACUGGAGGCGACUUUCUCUCGCAACAGGUACCCCGACAUGAGUACCAGGGAGGAGAUAGCUAUGUGGACCAACCUCACCGAAGCCAGAGUUAGAGUUUGGUUUAAAAACCGAAGAGCGAAGUGGCGGAAGCGCGAGAGAAACGCUAUGAACGCUGCUGCGGCUGCAGCUGCGGAUUUCAAGUCAGGAUUCGGACAUGGUCUGAUGCAGCCGUUCACGGAUACUGACUCCCUUUAUACUUCUUACUCGUAUAACAACUGGGCCUCGAAAGUGCCGUCACCGCUCGGUUCCAAGACGUUCCCCUGGACUGUAAACCCGUUGACGUCUAUAAACCACCACCAGAGCGGCUGCUUCAACCCUUCGACGGCCAGCGGUCAGGGGAUGCCCAGUCCUCCGGUCACCUCGCCGUGCUACGGCGGUACCCCAGGGUACAUGUACCACCCCCGGCCACCCGAGCCGUGCAUGUCGUCCUCUUUAGCCUCCCUCAGGCUCAAGGCGAAACAGCACUGCCCUCCGACUCCACAGCCAUUAUCAGCUUGCCAGUACGCGCCUCCGCUCUGACCAUAUUCCGUCGAACAACUCAUUCAGGAGAAGCGGCCCAACGAAUUCACCCCCUAGUUUGUCAAACCCAUUUGUCAGCAUGCCCUUUCAAAUAUGUAUAUAUAUUUAUACAUAUAUUUCUUUAAAUAUAUAAAGCAAUAACCCGCUUCUCCGGUACACACUUUUUUGUACAGUAGUCUGUAUCACUUUUAUCUAUAGUUGGUAGCGACCUUUGUAUAUAUUUAAUCGCCCUUGUUGUAAAGGGGCACGAGACUGUUGUAUAUACAGUGUAGCCCAGUGGUAAUUGUAUAGAUAAUGUACACGCUGGCAACGUCUCACAAGAAUUUAUAUAUAGUGCAAUAAAACCCUUGGUAAAUAAACAUUAAUAAACAAAACUAGUCGUAUCCCCUCACAAAUUAUUAUGUAUUAUUAAAAAAAUAAGUUUAAUUAAUCAAAAAAAUAUAUAAAUAUUCCCUUUGUGGAUUUGUACAUGGUCAUAGUCGCUGUACUCCUCGUGUGUGAUAAGGGGAAAAUGUUUAGGACUAAACGAUGGAAUUUUUUUUGUAUAUGUAUAAAAAAAAGAGAUUAUGUAUAUCGUGAAAAUUGUGUACAGCCUGGAGUGUUUUUCAGUUGUAAAAGAGUGUAUUUUCACUAAAGAAAAAGGACGAAAUUUUAAUAUCCCUUUACAUGCUAGUCUAAUAACUAUUUAUUAACGAUAUAUUUAUUAAUUAUAAAAUAUCAUAAUCCGCUCUGAUUACACAACGAACGAUUGCCAGUUAGGGCCACAGCCUAUUGCAGUAAUAAUCUUUUUCAACUAUUCCCCGGGUGUUAAAAUGUUCGUUCUUGUUACCCUUUAUUUGUAAAUUGGUAUAUUUACCAGAUGUGGUUGAGAAAAAAAAAUUUUAAACGAUGGUAUACAUAUUAAUUAUAAGCAUGUGUAUAUCUGUUAAAUUAUA